CAAAUUUCAUCAUUUGAGACAGGAAAACCACGGCUUGAAACAAAGAAGAUCAACAGUAUGAAAUUGAAGGAAACCACAUAUAAAAAGGGGCAAAGAGGCGCAAAACCUUAGAAACAUUUCAAAACUCACGAACUCCCAAACAACAAAGGUAGUUGCAUGUUUGACAUGAGUCAAAGAGUCGAAGUUCCACAUAAGUCAGUCACUUUCCUCUCUCUCUAUGUUCUUUUUGUCUUUCCCCGCAACCACCACUGAUCGUAUUCUGAAACAGAAGCAAACAGUGAUGGAGAAAUCAAGAAUGUGAGGAAAGUAUGUGUCAGAAACCCAACUGACCCACUUAGAGAGAACCUUCGAUUUCUCCGAGAGAGAGACCAAACACUUUUAGCACUGUUUCUUCUUCCGACAACCAUGAAUCCUAGCAAAGUUGAAGCAGAAGAUCUAUUCCACCAUCACUUGGACCCGCAACAUCACCAAAUCUUGGAUCAAUCUCAGCCGUCUAUUCUUCACCAGGACGAUGAAGAACCGUUCUUUUCUGAUAUCGGUUUUUUCCGCGACGAAGAUGACGACGCUGCUAGUCAUAGUUCCUCCGACCCCGAUCAACAUCAGCUAAUUCAGUCGUCGCUACCUCAAUUGGAACAUCAAAACGGUAUCAUUUCUGAAAACCCUAACCCUAACCCUAAUUUAGGUUUGGGAAAGUCCGGCGAUAAAAAUAAGGCGGAGAAACGCCACCGGCAUACGGCGGGUGCAUCGGCGGCGGCGUAUAUAAGCCCGGAACCCCACAUUUCAUCUCAAUUCUACACAUUUAACAAGGAAUCGCAUGCCUUGAUGAUACGCUGCCUCCUUGAGGGUCGCGUCGCCACGCCGGAGGAAAUCCGAUCUGUCACGCCGGCGUCGGUGCUCCAGAGCUGGCGCCUGGUGUGGAAGGACCGGAAUGAGGACACGGCGUACCUUACGGCCUGGAAGCGGAUACAGGACAAGCUCGUCGUGAGUAUCGACCCCGUGAAUGGUAAUGAAUUACUGUGUUUCAAGAAUAAUUCGAGUCAAUUUGUUUCCCAUGUUGAUCAAUGGCAUGAUAUAGUCACAAGCUUUCACCGUGACGCUGAUUUAAAACACUUAGGUCUCAAAGACACUAUAGAAAAAAUCAAGCAGGUUUGGACUGUAGGUGCUAAAUUUUAUGGCAUACCUGAGAGUUAUAUUAGGGUCUGUGUUGAGGUGUGCCCCGUGUGCUCUGAGUCUGCGCCACGUACUAAGAGGCGUAGGUUCGAGUAUACUGAAUCAUUCGAUGUACCAGCAAAGGAAGUGCCAGUUAGAUUACAGCAAUUAGCUGCCAAGUAUAAAGUGGUGUUGUGUAUUAGACAGAAAUAUAUAAGGUAUAAGCCAUUUAUGGCUGAGGUUAAAGAUUACGCGUGUCAUCGAGCAGGAGAGCCUGCAUCCUCGAAGAAAUCGAGGAUUUUAAAGAGGGAGCCUUACGCGUCAAAAAGGUGUGGGUGUGGGUUUCGUAUCAGGGCGAUAGUUCCAAUAUCGAAUUAUAAUGAGAAGGAUAAGACAUUUGUCUAUCAGGAGGAAGGGACAGCAGUCUUUAAGUUGUAUGCGGUGCACUCGGGGCAUGAACCUGGCCCUUUGGAUGGGAAUGCGAGGAUAAUGCAUCGAGUUGUUGGGCAUAAAGGAGGGUUCUUGAUGGAUCAGGAAACAGUGUAUGGGAUGGGUGAUGAAGCAGAAAAUGAAGACUUUGGGUUCCUUGGGAAGGAUGGUGGAGAUCUGCAACAUUCGAUUUUGCAGCAAAUGCAGGAAGCAAGGAAUGAGAUUGGGCUACUUGAGGGCCAGAUCGGGAAAGUUCCUCAUGAGUUAUUGUGCUCGGUAUCUCGUGAAUUGUUUGAUUUUGUGAAUAAGCUUAGGAAUGUGAGAGAAUAUGGAUCAAAGUCAGUUGGAUUGCUCUCAGAUAAGCCGAUCUCGGAUGAUCUCUUGGUUGGGCAAAAUGAUUUGGCGGAUUGGGGCGCUCAUCAUCAUCAUCAUCGCAUUUAUGAGGAUGGUAAGGAUGCAGAGCUCAUCGAGGAAGAUGAAGACAGCUUCGGGAGGACACUUGGGGAGGUUGCAUCUUGGGAUCAGAUAAGGUCAGGUUGUAGGAACGAGAAGGAUCUACUGGGUGAGUCUUGUAAAUCAGAGAAACCAUUGGAAUGCAAUGAGUUUGAUCAGAAGCGCAUUCUUGAGUGUGGGAAUUCUAAACUGACCAAGCCCUUAAGGCAUGAUGAGAGUAUAGAUACAGAUGUAGGUUUCGUUGUAGAGAACUUCUACCCAGAGAACCCUAAAUGGUUUGAUUCGCCCUGUGAACUGGACUCCGGCACAGAUUGUGGUGACAGCGGAUUCAAGCCUGGGGAGAUUGUUUAGAGAUCUUACAGCUGGUGACCCACUCUAACUUAAUUCUGAGUCUUCUGUUCCAUUUUUCAUACUAUAAUGUUAGAAGUGGGUUGUAUAUUUGUGUAAACAAAAGGUUGAAACAUCUGGCAACCUCUUUGUUGUCUUUGCUGUUGUAAUUCUGUAAAGUACAGCCUAUGGGCUUCUUUGCACAUACAUUAGAUAGUGAUUUGACUUGUCAUAAAUUUUCAAAACUUCAACUUCGUUUUUCAUAUCUGAGUUAGUCGUCACCUUUAUUA